CUUCCAACACACACGGACCGAGAGCAAAGAGAAACAACCAGCUUCAAAGGCCUUGAGCCACGUGCGCCCUGGAUAAAAGGGGGCCUGAGGCAGUUGUUUUCUCCAGAGUUCUUUCCCUUGAAAGAAAAGGAAGGAAAAACAUCUUGGAUACAGUUUGGUUCUCCAUCAGACAGUGGUUACAACAUGGAGAGACCCAACUCACCUGGAUCUGAAGCAGGCAGGGCCCCUGGGAGCAGUGGAGAAUACUGGGAGAGAACUACGCAGAUGUUCCUGAAUACGCACAUACAGCACCAGCUCUUCAGGCAGUCCUCCUACCGAGAGGGCGAGGGACCCAGAGAGGUUUGCAGCCGCCUCCACGAUCUCUGCCGCCAGUGGCUGAAGCCAGAGCAACACACCAAGGCUGAGAUGCUGGACCUGGUGAUCCUGGAGCAGUUCCUGAGCAUCCUGCCCCCAGAGAUGGGGAGCUGGGUCCAAUCAGAGGAAUAUCUUGGUUUUUCAGAGUUUGAGAGGAGAAACUGUUGCCCCAUAAGAGAGGAAAGAAAAAUAAAUUGGAUCACAUCUGCUGCUUCCUUUGAUACCAGUACAAAGAUAGACAGUCCCGACUCAGCUGGACUUGUAGCCGAAAGACAGCAUGUUAUUGAUAGUGAGAGCAUUGUGGAAUACUGGCAAAGAAUCAUGAAGACGAUUCUGAAUGAAAACAUGGCCAACUCAGACAAGCAACGUCAGCGCUUCAGGCAGUCCUCCUACCAAGAGAUAGUGGGGCUCAGAGAGACUUGCAGCCGCCUCCACGAUCUCUGCCGCCAGUGGCUGAAGCCAGAGCAACACACCAAGGCUGAGAUGCUGGACCUGGUGAUCCUGGAGCAGUUCCUGAGAAUCCUGCCCCCAGAGAUGGGGAGCUGGGUCCGAGAGUGUGGGGCAGAGACCUCUUCCCAGGCGGUGGCCCUGGCAGAAGGCUUCCUCCUGAGUCGGGCAGAGGACAAGAAGCAGGAAGAACAGACGCAAAAUAACUGCCUGGAAAUCCAUAAUGUCCCUUCAUCAGGGAAAUCUCCAUCAAACACCACCCAGAGUCUCUUGCAGAAUGAACUGAAGAAGGAAGGAGACAGGGCUGCAGACUUGCAGGGGGCUGAAAUGAUGUUGCUGCUAAAUCCUCAGUCAUUUCUUCCCCUUUGUGAUGGAGUGGAACUGAAUCAGGACCCAAUCGCCUUUGAGGACGUGGCUAUCCAUUUCUCCCUGGAGGAGUGGGCUCUUCUGAAUCCUGAUCAGAAAGUCUUGCACGUGCAGAUCAUGGAGGAGAUUCAUGGGAUUGUGAACUCUCUUGCAGAUAACUGGAAGAGGAGCAAUGCAUACAAGAAACGCAAGAAGUAUUUGGGACACAAUGGGGACCUUCCAGGACCCCAACAAACUCACAGAGAAGAUCAAGAGUAUGCCAGAGACAGGCCUUUCAAAUGCAAUGGAUGUGGACAGUGUUUUACCCAAAAUGUGGCAUUUGUGCUUCACAAGACACUCCAUGCUGGGAAAAGCCAACUUAAAUGGAAAGAAUCAGGAAAACGUGUUGAUGAAUAUAAAUUGCCACAUCUGAGCCAAGAAGAAUUUUUUCAAGGAACAGAGGUUUUCAUAAGCCGGAAGUAUGAGAAAUCUUUUAUCCAGAGAUUUCACACAGGACAGGAACCAUUCAGAUUCCAGGAGUAUGGGAAGAGUUUUGCUUCUAGUUCAGAAUUGCUGACGCACGAAAGUCUCCACACAGGAGAAAAGCCAUACCAAUGCCAGGAGUGUGGUAAAUGUUUUGCUCACAGUUCAACAUUACUGAGGCACAAAAUAGUCCAUACAGGAGAAAACCCAUACCAAUGCCAGGAGUGUGGGAAAUGUUUUGUUCACAGUUCAGCCUUGGCGAGCCACAAAAGAAUCCACACAGGAGAGAAGCCAUACCAAUGCCAGGAGUGUGGGAAAUGUUUUACUAAUAGUUCUGCCUUGGUGAAGCACAAAAGAAUCCACACAGGAGAAAAGCCAUACCAAUGCCAGGAGUGUGGGAAAUGUUUUGUUGACAGUUCACCCUUGGUGAGGCACAAAAGACUCCACACAGGAGAGAAGCCUUACAAAUGCCAGGAGUGUGGGAAAUGUUUUACUGACAAUUCAGCCUUGGCGGGCCACAAAAGAGUCCACACAGGAGAGAAGCCAUACCAAUGCCAGGAGUGUGGGAAAUGUUUUGCUAAUAGGUCUAUCUUGGUGAGGCACGAAAGAGUCCACACAGGAGAGAAGCCAUACCAAUGCCAGGAGUGUGAGAAAUGUUUUGCUGUCAGUUCAAAAUUACUGAGCCACCAAAGAGUCCAUACAGUAGAGAAGCCAUUCCAAUGCCAGGAGUGUGGGAAAAGUUUUGCUCUCAGUUCAGAAUUACUGAGCCACAAAAGACUCCACACAGGAGAGGAGCCAUACCAAUGCCAGGAGUGUGGGAAAUGUUUUUUUGACAAGUCUACCUUGGUGAGGCACAAAAGAGUCCACACAGGAGAAAAGCCAUACCAAUGCCAGGAGUGUGGGAAAUGUUUUGCUCGGAGUUCUACCUUGGUCAGCCACAAAAGAGUCCACACAGGAGAGAAGCCAUACCAAUGCCAGGAGUGUGGGAAAUGUUUUGCUCGCAGUUCAAAAUUACUGAGCCACAAAAGACUCCACACAUGAAAGGAGCAUGGGAUACCAAUGCUAGGAGCAUGGGAAACAUUUUGCUCGCAGUUCAAACUUGGUGAGCCACAAAGGAUUCCAGACAGGAGGGAAGCCAUGCCAAUGCCAGGUGUGUGGGAAAUAUUAUUUAUAGCCGCCAACAUUGCAUCUGCAAGGAACCGCCCACAGGAGCUGUUCUGGAUGGUCAGGUGCUUUGAAUGCGAUUUCCUGCUUCUUGGCAGGGGGUUGGACUUGAUGGCCCAUGAGGUCUCUUCCAACACUACUAUUCUAUCAUUCUAGGUGAUUCUUUCAACCCGAUUCUCAGGCAGACCCCCCUGGCUGCCUGGCAGUUCACUGUGAAGAAUGUGUAAGAGUCUUUGCAGAUAAAGUUGCUCGGAUCCCUUCCAACUUGGAUGCCACUAUUGAUACAGUCUUAUUUAUAUUUGUACUGUCUUUUAUAUACUGUUGUGAUCCACUUUGGGUCCUGUUUGGGGAGAAAAGCGGGAUAUAAAUAAAGAUUUAUUAUUAUAUAUUAUUCAUACCUUUUGAACUAUAGCAGACUACAUACAGGAGAGAAAUCAUCCAAGAGCUUUGACCAAACUAAUAAAAUGAGUUAUCAUUUACCAUGAAGGUGAACUGUCUGGAACUGGGUUUUGCCCUGUUGUACAAUAUAAUCCAGCAAAAAAAAUUAAAUUGUGUAUUAUAUUAUAUUGUUAUUUUUAGUUUGCUAUGUUUUUUUUUUUUUUUGAUAUUGUUGGUUAUGUAUUAUGGUUGGUUUGUUUUGGGCUUGUAUUGUGACUUAUUUUCUGUAAGCUUCCCCAAGUCCUGUUUGGAGAAGGGAUGGGAUAUAAAUAAAGUUUAUUAUUAUUAUA